AUGAGUGUUCAAGGAUUCAUAAGGGGAUUGAAGCCUAUGAUUGCCAGGGAUGUGAAAAUGACUAGUACAGAGCUAGUUAGCUAUGUUGAGAUUCUGGACAAAGCUUUAGACACUGAGUACAUGAAAAGUUGUAUAUGGAAGGACAAUGCUGCAAGGAGAGAUGCCAAUAAGAGUAAAGUCUUUCAAGAGAGUAACAAGAGGAGGCCUAAUAGGGUCAAAAUAGUGGCACUGGAAAAAGGAGAAUGCCAAGCUGACACCAACAAAUGUUUCAAGUGCAAUCAGGCAGGACAUCUGAGAAAGGAUUGCCCACAAUGGAAAGCAGGACAGAAUAGUAACAACAAUCUAGUGCCAACACGUGUUUUUGCCUUAACCCAUAAUGAAGCAGCCAACAGUAACAUCAUAGUCACAGGCCAGCUCCCUAUAUCUGGUAUGAUGUGUAAAGUCCUUAUUGAUUUUGGAGCGGCUCACUCUUAUGUUUCCAUGAAUAUGAUUGAUAAGUUGGGUAUGCCUUGUAAACUGUCUGAGUAUAGUUUUAGUACAAUGUUACUGUCGGUAGACAUGAUGUUGUCAACUAGGUGGUUACUGUCAGCACCUAUAACGAUAGAGGGUAGGGAGUGCCCGACAGACCUUAUAGAACUAAAUAUACCAGACUAUGAUGCCAUACUUGGCAUGGAUUGGUUAUCAAAACAUGGAGCAACAAUUUAUUGUCGGAAGAAGAUUGUGGAUUUCAGACCAAAAGAAGGCGAACUCUUUUCUUUUAAAAGAGAAUUAGCAUGUUUUCGUACACCCAUAAUAUCGACACUGGAAGCACGGAAUAUGAUGCAGCAUGGCUGUUCGAUAUUUCUAGCUAGUGUGGUGGAUAAAUCCAAGGAAACAGAGUAG